UUGCAGAUUCAUGAUCCUUGAGGUCCCUUCCAACCCUGGCCAUUCUGUGAUUCUGUGAACUGUUAGCCUGGGGACUGAUCUUUCUGUUGGUGGCCUUGUGCUGGUUGCUCUUUCAGGAAACAUUUGGUCACAUCUUUGAAUAAAAUUUUAUCUGAAUAUCAGAGCUCAGACUUCAGAGAGGCCAGAUUGAUGUUGUGAGAGUAUCAAUUGCUGGAUAUCAUCCCCUUCAAAAAAAGGUACAGAGGAUGCUAACGCCUCUGUCUUAUCAGUACUGUGGGCAGAACACCACGAACCUGGUUAAUAAGCUGCCUGUGAGGAAGGGAUAGCAAUAGCACCUAAGGAAACUUGGUAAUCAAAGCUAACGUGAGGAAGGGAUUCGGUUGUUACUGGCAAUGAUGUGAACUUGUAUCUUUGAGCUUAAAUUGCUGGAGAAAGUGGCAGUGUUGCUGUGUGUGGUGCUGGUGAUAAGCCAGGAUAGAAGCUGUGGCUCUGUGGCUUUGGAGCUGCAGGCUGGCUCUGGCAGGUGGAUGUGCCUGGUCUGUGGGCACCCAGGGGAGCAGGGCCGUGGUGCUGUGCUGUCGUCACGGGAAGGAGCUGCUUCCUGCAGACCUUGCUGCUGUGUUCUGGUGCCGUCAUCUUCAUCCUGCUGUGCUCCAGCUUAGCAUCCUGCAGCCCUCUCCUGAAUUGCAGGCUCCUAAAGCUUCCCCUGGAGGUGCACAGCUUUGUAUCUGCUGACUCCAGGUAAGCCUUCUUGCUCCUUUUGUGGGUUCCUUGUAGCCCAUUGAUGUGCUGAUUGAAAACCACUGACUUGAUGCAGUGCUUCAGCAGAUUCCUUGAUGUAGUUUCUCUGCUUGGCAAAGAAAAACGGAGAACAGAGCAGGCAGUGAGAUUUUGAAUUGGAUUUUUCCAGGAGCUGAGAUGAAAUCAAGGUUAGGCUCUUUCUCAUCCAUAUCUCUCAGACUGGUGCAACGUGGUUUGGUCACUCCAGGUAUGCUGAUGUCCUGUUUUCUGCUUGUAUAUGGGAAUUCACUUUGGCGUAGCUGAGUCCUUGAGCCAGUGUUUUGGGGUGGGAUUCUUCUUGAGUAGAAGCUUAGGAUGAUGGCAGCUUUAUCCUGCAUGCCUCGCUCUUUGCACAGUAGGUUUGGACCAGCAGUCUUGGUCUGUGCCAACUGGAGAAGGCACCUGGAGCAUGGUGCUGCUUGGGCGUGCAGCAAAGUGAUCAGAGUACAAGCCACCUGUGGUAUGAGCAGGAGCAGAUAGCCCAGCUCUGCAGCCUGAACCAGGAGUAAGCACCUGCUGCCAUCUCAGCGUGUGAUCCAACUGAAAGCAGAGGCAAACGUGGACAGAAGUUUGUCAGGACAGAAGUUGCCAAGCAUGUUGCUCCUGGUUUCACACUAGCAGCACAAAAGCUGCCUGAGAGUACAGGAAGAAGUUUGGUGGCUGCUACAGAAGUUAUUGCUUUGGGAAGCUUGAUGAUGUACAUCUACUCUAAAGUGAUGGACAUAAAGACCAGCAAGAGUAACUGAAGUGGCUGGUGUCUUCCUGCCUGGGCUUGGUGAUCACAGCCAGCUGAGCUCAUUUCAAAGUGCUUAUGAAGGCAAACAGCUGUCCUGUUUACCCUCUGUCCUCAGUGAGGAGGAAUGACCUGUGUCAGCAGGGCUGAAAUCUUGUCUUCUUUCCCUAGGCCUUGCUGGGAGGAGUGGAUGUGUGAAUGUGCCUCUAGCAGUGACAAGUGGCAGACCUCUUAGGAACAGGAACUGUUGCUGCCCAGACCAGCAGUGGUGCACAGGUUGCUCCUGCAGGAAGGAGACCUCGCAGCAGCCCGCCUUCCAUUUGCUGUUGGCAGGCUUCAGAGCAGUCCCUCGAAUCAAAAAGCCGUAGGAGAAAAGCAUUGAAUGUAUUUUUUAGGUAUCUUUUUCAAGUGGCUGAAAGGCCAACCUGCGUCGGGUCGCUCGCUGCAGUGCUGGAGCAGGCUGUGGGUGUGGGACAGACCCAUCCGGAGACACGUGGAGUGGGGACUGCUUCAGUGCUGCCAGGAUGCAGCUGUCUGUGGGAGCUGCUGCUGGAGCAGGAGGGGCUGGCUGGGACAAUAGUGGGAAACAAGUGGGAGAUGUCCAGCUGAAACCAGUUUUAAUUUAUUUUUUCCUUAUCUGUUGCAGUUGUUUGGGUUUUCCUUGGCAGCUGUGGGCAGAACGGUUUGUGCCAGAGGAUUUUACAGAGCCCAAAGUUGGCGUGCUGUGAGUUGGUGCUGCGGGCAGAAGAGUCCUGCCUUCUUGUGCUGCUGCCAGGGAGCAGAAGUGCCCUUAUACAGCCUGCAUCCAGCAGGAACCUGUGCCAGGUGGAAACCAGCCUCUUGCUGGGUUCCUCAGCCAGGUGUCAGUGCCCUGGUCUGGCUCUGCGUGUGGCUUUAACUCCUGUGCCAGCACAAAGAGUACAGGUGUGGAAGUGCCUCCUCUGGAAGGGGCACCAGCCUGGAAGGACUGUGAAGCUGCCUUGUGUGGGUCUUCAGGUGUUACGUCUGCCUGCAGGAAGAGUUGGUCCGGCAAAUCCUAGCAGGCAUUGAGUUGCUGGCAGUGAGUGAGGAUCCAUGCUGCUGAUGGAGCUGCCUGCAAUGUUGUGCUGCUCUAAAGCCCUGCUUGCGUGAGCUCCCGGAAUCUCCUGAGGCCAUUGAAUAGGAGGAAAAGUGCACUGGGGUAGGAAGGAAGUGUGAUGUGUUGCACCAGAGGCGAGGGCACUGCUUAGUGCACGCACAGGGAUGUUAUUCCUUUGGACCUAUUAGCUGAAAUCCUAGACUGCACAUAAGGGGGUGAGGGUAUUCACACACCACAGCUAUUUGUGCUUGGGGAGCGGGCUGUUAGACCCCUGUCCACCAAAUGAGAAGUAUUUUUUUUCCUGUGAGCCGUGAGCAAAAAGAAUGGGAUGUGAUGACAGAUGAGGAGCAGGGGACAGAAGAGAAGCGUCCUUGAGGAGCAGCAGUAUUUACGUAAUGGCUAACCCAAUAUUAACGUAAAUAAGGAGCUGUGAUUUUUAGCUUGGAGCACCUGCCUGGGGUGGCUGCACUGGCAGUAUGUAGGCAGGUGGGGUGAGAGCUGGGGAGUGUCAGAUUUGCUCUCCUUGUUUUCCAAAGCAUUUGUGACUGAAUUAUGGAAGCCUGCAUACAGCAAGAAGAGGAGGGAGCCAGGGAAAGAAAGCCUGGAAAAGGUGUGCUUUUUUCAUUGCUAGAGUGCUUCCUAGUUGGAAGAAACAGCUGGGGAGAGACUGCGGGUUGUGCCUUUGACCACACAAUGGCCUUUCUGCAAGACCUGCUUUAAUCAACCAGGUGAAACUUCAAGGACCUGCGUAACUGAUCUCACUAAACACUGCCCAUGAGUGCAGUGUAAUCUGAAACGAGCACUGAGCAUUGCCAUAGGACCAGCAUUAAAUGUGUGCUUAGCGAGCAAGUCUGUUUUUCUGGUCCCUGUCACUUAAAAUGACUGUGGCUGUGCUAAGAGUUUGUGGGACACACCUUGUCCAAAGCCCCAGAUGACUUUGUAAUUAGUGCUGCUGUGAUGUGAGCCCACGUCUGGGGAGCAGGAUUUGUGUGGUGGUGGAGCAGGACGUGGCCAUAUGUGUUGGCUGUGGUGCUUGAAAGCUGUUGGUGAUUUCUGCCUGCAGGGAGGUGGCUGUCACAGCAACGGGAUCCACCUGGCUGGGCUGGGGGCUCCUCUGCUUCCUGACAGCCCCCUGCAUUGUGGCUGCCUUCUGUGCCACACCAAGGCCCGAAUAUGUGGGUGCUGGAUGAGCUGUUUAGGUUGGAAAUGCACUGAUUUAAUAGAGCUUGGUGGGGGGCAGAUCAGCCCAGUGCCUCCCAGCCCUCUGAAGCACCGACCUGUUCUGCUCACUGCCUUCCCGGGAGCUGCUGGCGGCUGCAGCGCUGGAUUUGGUAGCUAAUGCUCUUUGGAAUCAGUGUCAUUUAAAAAGUAUCCAAGCCAAGAAAGAGCACAAGAUGUAAUUCCAACAGAGUUUUUUUUUAGCAGGGCGGUAGCUUCUAUUAAAGGGAAUCGGUGCGGCCAUUCGCCCCGUGGGCUUCGUGGGUGUUACCCACACUCCAGCUCUCCAAAUUCCUGCAGAAACGGUGCAAAGCUCAGAGUGAAACAUUCCUUCCACGCAUCUGCUGGCAUUCAGAGCGCAGGUAUUUCGGUGGUUAACCCGUGAGGCUUUGGAGCGCAAAGCAGAGGUGCUGGGAGUGAGGGAUGAGGCAGAGCCUAUUUUUACUCCGUCACAAACAGGGCUCAGCAUGUUUACUUUAUACUCCGGAGCCGCUCAGGCUGGGCUGUUUUUUAAUAUCUGCUGUUGCUAUUGGAUUAAAAACUCAAACUCUGGAUAUCACAGGAAAACUCGUUGCUCCUGCAAGGUGUGGAGGCUGCCAGCACCCACCCACUGCUGCUGGGGGUCUGCAAAGGCUGCAGCCUGCUGCUGGGCCCUGUGCCAUCCUGCACAAGGGUGGCUGGUUGGGCUUAACAGAGCAGCGACGUGCAGAAUUUGAAGGGCUGGGAGCAGGGAGCCCAGGCUGUGUGCUGUGCCCUCUGCUGCUGGUGCUCCCCUAGGGCUGGCGGAGUUGCGGUGUGCUUCGUGUGUUGCGUUGCAAACUUUUAAGCUCUUUAUCCCAGCUUAUUGCUAUUAAAAGCACGGUGUGCUCACAGUGACGUGGAGGGUUUGCAGGGAUGGGUCGCAGCUCCUCACGUUGGAGGCUGGAUGAGCAUGUAUGGUGAGUGGCCCCAGGGGCCCUAUCCACACAGGCUCGAUCCUCCUUCUGUCCCACAGACUUCCAGGCUGGGAUCUGCUGUGUUGCUUCAGGUUUGGUCCAGCCCCUGCAGUUUGCAUCACUGACCUGAGGCAACUGUACAAAGAACUAGCCAAGAUAUUGGUUAUUUAGCUCUUGUGCUAAUAAAUACCACUGAUACUAGUUUACAGUUGUACCGUUGUGCACGCUUACAGCUGCAGAGUUGGUAAUUAUUAAUCUGAGAUCUUAGAAGUUGCACUUCAGAGCUGCCGUGUCACCCUGCUCUCCCAUGGCACUCGGUGUCAGGGUGCUCGUCCCUGCCUGCCUGCCUUCCUGCAGCAAAUCCUCCCAGCUGGUGGGAGGGUGAGUGCAGCACUGAGCCUUGCACUGCUCCCCUUGCUCUUCCCAGGCUUCCAAAUAACAGGACUUGUUAUUUCUUUGCUUGCUGGUUUCAGCUCUGCUAUAUCUAUAUCAAACCUGGUGCUUCUGUUGUGACUUGUGCACUUCCAGCCCUACCUUAUCCUGUUGCUGCCUGCUGCUCAUGGCCAUGCAGGUCCCCUACAAUUGCUUGGCACACUGGGUGCCUUAUGUCCUUUCAGGCAAAUCACCCCAUCUCAGCCUUCAUUCUUCUACCUGUGUCCCAUUAAGCACAAGCAGUUUAUGUGCACAUCUUCAUCCCAGUGCAGCAAAUUGCCAUUUUCCACGCUGCGUUUGCAUUCCAGCAGCAGCUGUGUGGCUGGCUCUCCUGGCUCCUGCAGGUUCCCAGCAGUGCUCUGACAAAGCUCCUGCUCACAGCUGCCCUGGAGCAUUUAUGACCCAAGCUGUACUGAGAUGGGAAAGGAGACACAGGGUCACCUGGCACUGAUAUUCCUGCUGAAACGAGCUUUCACGGCUCCCAAGAGUUGGUGAGAUGUAUCUAACACCUGAGCUAUGUGUUAUGCCUUCUGUAUCCCUCUGUCAGCCUCCUGGAGGUGAAUUCAGUAACCUAGGGGUGUUUUCUCCCUUUUUGCUAACAGCCAGAGGAGAGCAGAAGGUCUUGCAGGGACAGUUGGCCUUUUGGCGUGGCUGAUUCCUGUUUUUGAAAGUCAGAUUCAAGUGUCAAACAGGUAAAACAAGUGGGCUCUGAAUGCUUGGUCUGGUCUCCAAAGAAAACGCAUGCUUGGCCGCAGACCCAUGUGCUCUGUGUGCUUUGGAUUAAGCAGGCCUGCAUUUAUUUGCUAAUAUUAAUAUUUGUGUACCGUAACGCAUCUGCAAACAUUUGUGCUCUGAAGGUUAAGCUGUGUUUUUUGUUGGCAUCCCUGGUGCACGAGAGCCCAAAUCCUUGGCACGCUGGGCUGGGGGGUAAUGCAUUUUCCCUCUGUGCAAGGCUUGGCCAAGUUUUUGGGGGAAAACAGACGUCAGAUGGGCUUUGGCACAUGGCAGGGCAGGACUUGUGUUCUGGCUGGAGCACGAGCACAGCAUCCAGAAAUCACAGCUGGCUGUGUGCUUUGGGGCUUUGUCCCUGAGAGCAGUGCCUUGUUACACAGAGUUACUUUGCACAUUACUGGUGUAUUUUCUUUCACUACCUGGCCUGUAAAAGGGAAAAAACUGGGUUAGGAAACAAGCCCACGUGUUGUUUUGUGAACAAAGCAGCGUUGAGCUGAGGCCAGGUGUGUUGGUAGAGCCCUAGAAUUCUGUCACAGGUGUAUUUGUAGACAAGCUUCUGGAGAAAAAGGAAAAAAUAUCAAGAAAACAAAAACCACAGAAAUGAGCCCAUGAGGUAACACGGCAUGGCUUUAAAACAAAUGAGGAGCAAAUUGGGCUGGCAGGGUACAGGACUAAAACGUGAGGCACUGCAUUGCGGGUGCUCAAUAAAAUAAGUUUUGAAACAAAGUGACUUAGAAUACUUGGUCAUAGAAAAAAUACUUGCGGCUUAAAAUAUCCCUGGAAGAGCUGUGCUGCUGGACACAGCAAGUUUCCCAACUUCUAUUUUCAACUUUUCCAGAGAUUUCCAUAAUUCUUUUAGAAGGCUUUUCCCCCGAGUGCUGCCCUGGCCCUCCCUGCGCAUCCUGUGCUACGAUGUAUUUGCAGUUUGAUUUCCCAGGUUUGCUGACUUCAGCCUGGCCUUCCCCAUACCUGUUUCCUCCAGAAGUGGGAAGGUGUCAGGUGUGUUUUUAUCAACAGGAAGAAGCAGAAAGGCGAGGGGAGAGUUACCAUAACCACCUUAUCAUCAGCAACUUCCAGACCCGGAGGAGCCGAAAUCGGAGUUUGUCACUCCUGCAGAGCAAACAGCCGUGUGAGGGCUCUGCCAAAUGGAGCCGGGGCUGUCUGUCUAAGGCCGGCGUGUACUUCACUUUCUGGGACAAAGGCUACUUAGACAUCUGGAUUGCACUGGGGAUUUUAGGGCAAAAACCAAUUACUAGUUUGCUGUGGAUGAGGAAUGGCUGCUCGUUGCGUGAGCGCGCCGCCGCCAACUUAGCGCUGCGCUCAACUCGUGCUCCAGUGCUUCGGGAUGGAAAGCUGCAUGUUUGGUGCCCUGGGAACGUGAGGCUGAGCAGACCUUUCCUGACCUUCGGGUGCACUGAGAAAACAAGCUCGUUUUAUGGACGGUUAAUUUAUAGAAAGUUCCUGUUUAAAUUUCCUGCAGGAGCCAUAAAGCCGGAGGACAGCUGCGCCCAUCGCCAACCGAAGGCUGCUCCCACCUGGCCUGUGCAGAGCCAGCUGCAGGAGCUUUGGGGCAGAGCACUCAGAGCAUCCUGCAUGUCCUUUGGAGGUGUCCUGGCUGCUGAGACGGCUCCUAGGGCCAAGGCAGGGAUAUCUAUCAGCUUUUGGUAUUGCGUUCACUCUGGUUUACUUAAGCCUGGGUUAAGGAGUGCGUGUAGGUGGCAGUAACUAACAGUCCAAAAAACAAAAGCUGUUUGGCAUUUUUUUUUUCCCCUUGCAGGCAUGGGGAUAGCUGCAUUUAUUUCCUGCUGCUUUCUCCCUUCUUCCCCUAAGACAGAAAUAAGCAAAGCCUUGUAGGCUUGCAGUUGUUUGUGCUGCUUUCAGUGCGAAGCAGGUGGGUGCCGAGCACCCUGCACACAGCUCAGCUCCCUGCAGCAGCCGGGCUGCUCUGCUGUCAGCAGGAGCACACACUCUAAUAAUUCUGAUCCUGAUAGCUAAUUCUGAUCCGGUUUGACAGGGGUCGGGAUCUUAAAGACGCCGAGCUGUCAGGAGAGCCCUAUGAUACUCAGUCUGUCCUGCUGCUCAGGGCUGCUUUCUGCAGGCAGGUAGGCUCACAUUCCCCCUCCCCGCUUUGGAUCCCUUUACCAUUUCUUCUUUUCAGCCUCCUUGCCACAUUAAAGCUAAGAUGAGAAGGAAGGAAAAACUUCCAGCUCAUACUCAGGGCUGAGAACCAGAACUGGGAGGUGCAGGAAUCUAUCCCAUGAAUACUUGGAAGGCAGUUUCUUGGCUCGGGGCGCGCUGGGGAUUUGCACCCUGGCUGCCCCCCCAUCCCCACCGCCUGUCCCUGCUCGUCAGCCCUCGCUGCUGGGCAGUUCUGUGCCCUGCUCACAGGCUGGCCUUCCUCACGCUCUUCACGUCUUUCUCCCAGGCUGUGGCUCACCGGGACAGAAAACGACUUUGGGGUGAGUGGCUGGAGGGUUGGAGAGGCCCCUGGAGCCCCUGCGUUGGUUGGCAGCUGGGCAUUGAGUGGUGGUGGGAUGUGGAAGUGAUGGAAGGGAGCGCUGAGCUCUGUGCAGCUCUCUGUGGUGUGGGAGUUCUUCAUUGUACCCCUUGGGCGGGUUUUCCCACCUGAUAGAGGAAAACUCUUUGGUAUGCUCAGAGCUUGAAAUUUCUUAGUUUUGUUGAAGCUGGGGCCUGUUUCUCUUCCUUUAAAUCUCUGCAGCAGUUGAUAAGCAGCUGGUCCUUUCUCAGGGAGAAAAUGCUGCAGAAAGAAAUGCCAGGAAUGCGAACAGCAGGUGGGGACUGGCAGAUGUACAUAUCAAUCACGACAGACUGACAGAGGGGCUCAUUCCUCAGCAGAGCCUCUGUUUGCCUCUGGCUGGCUUUGUGCAAACCUUUCUGAGCCCCUCCAGCCUCCGCUGGGGGCUUACAGUGGGGCAGCUCUUGGGCUGUGCUGGGGAGCGGUUGCUCUGUGAUGCCCUGGGAGCGGGACCCUUGCGCCAGGGAUGGGGGCAGAGCCUUUGGAGCACACUGCUGGGACUCAGCAGCGUUCCUAAUAAUAACCAAUGUGCUGCACCUCGGGCUCGGGCAGCGAGGGAUCUUGCUGCCACGUUGCUGAAGAAGCGGGCGGGCUGAGCGAGUUAAUUGAAUUUGCUGCACUGUUGCAUUUCAAACCAUGACUUCAUCCCUCUGAGGAGUCUGGAGUCAUUUCCGUGGACGAAACCCCUGCUUGGAGACGGUGGUUCUGUGAGGUCACCUGUACUGAGCAGCGUGGGGCCGCAGGGUGCAGAAAUGCAUGGCACGGGGCUGAGCGGGACCGUGAGCCGUGGGACUGCUUCCCAAACUCACUCCUUGCACUCUCUGCUGCUUCCUGAGUGCCCGGCACGUGCUGGGGAGGCAUCUCCAGCACCUGGGCGACAUGAAAUAAUGGACUGAGUUUCUCUUCUUGAGAGAAACCUAUCUGGUAACCUCUGAGCGUUGUCCCUCUGUGUGAUGGCAGUGCGUGUUGCAAGCAGAGCAAAGCCGCUGUCACAAAUGACGUUUGGGGUGUUUUUUCCCAGGCUCUAAGCUUUCGUUCUGGCUGAUGUGCUCGCGGUGGGAUGCGUUAUCUGAGCGCUUCGGGUCCGCUUCGCUUUGUCUGCACGGUGAUUCCUGGAAAACCCAGAAUAAAACCCGUGCUGGUGGGGCUGUGGUUAGACCUCCCCGGGUGUGAUUGAUCCCCAGGGCGUUCUGCUGGGCUCGGCCUCAGCAGCUGCUGGCUGUGGGGCUUCAGGUCAGCCAGCUCCGAUCCCGGGGAUUUCGCUGUCCCUAAAAGCCAGCAGUUCUGUGGGGUUUGCAGGGAUGGCGCUGAUUUACACAGCUGAUAUGUUUAACAAGUGAAGGCACAUCAGCCCCGAGUCCCCUCAUCAGCUUUUCUUUGGAUCAUUGCUUGUUUUGGUGGAAGAGCAGUGUAAGAAAGGGCUACCAUUCCCAAGUAAGAAAGGCAGUGAGAGCAAGAGGGUGGUCAGUGCUGGGAAACAGAGCAAAAACUUUGGAAAUGUAACUUUUUCCAGCUUUAAAAACUCAUUUUCUUAGCCUCCCCCUCACAGGACUUGCUCAAACUAGUCCUUACAAUACGUACCCAUGAGCAAGCUUUGAAACUGCAAUAGGUACCCAUGACCAAACUCCUGCUGUGUCUGGUGCUGGUUCACUCUUGAGCUGGCACUGGAGUUUCCCAUGCUGUGAGUCUGCCUCACACUUCUUCGGCUGAAAACUUAAAAACCAGUUUAGACAUUUUCAGGAGUUAAAGGCAGAAGUGCCCGAAGUUUUGAGUAUUUAAGAGAACAACAAAGCUUAACUGUUGUGCCCUGAGCUGCCUGCUGUUGUCAGCGUCCCAGGGCUGUGCUCCAGGCACAAAUGCCCUGAUCUUAUCACCUGGCAGGCACCAGGAUGGCUUUGCAGACCUCACCUGCCACUCAGAUGCUAUCUAGGAAGGGCCGGGUUGGAUGGGCUGUGGCAGGGCGGGGACACCUGGGGGCACUGGGGGGGGACAGCCCUGUCCCCUCACUGCUGCCUUGUGUACGGCCACAGCCGGGAAGGAGCUCCUCUGUCUCGUGGAGGGAGAAGCCCAGAGAAGGUGCAGAACGAGGGCACGCCGUGCUUGCUGUGAGCAGUCUGAGCUCAGGUAUUCUCACUUUGAAUUCACUAUUUGCAGCUUGUGCUACCCAAGCAGCAUCCUGCCUUGCAGGUGAUGUGGCCUGCAGUCGCAGCAGCUCAUCUCGUGGUUGGGGCAGCCUGGCUUCUGCUGCCCUGCUGCUGUUUCUGCCAGUCGCUUUGUGCGUGAGAUGAUUCGGUUCAUGUGGUGGUUUUACGUGCACUUUGUUGCAGUGAGGUUGCAGAGGCCUUUGCCUUGAACUCGAGUUAUGUCCCCAAACUGCACCUUUCUUAGUCUUUACGGCACACCUCUCUCUGGCUGCGUGCUGUUUUAGUUUUCUGCUCUGCCCUACAGGUUCCUGGUAAGCAGGGAGUGCCUGGGGACUGCAGGGUUUCUCUUCUCCUUUUCUAAAAUUUGAGCUGCACGUUUUUCCUUGGAGCUUUUUUACUAAACUCAGACUCAGGCAUCAGGCCCGAAUUCUUCGUAGCAAGUGGGCUGUUGGGAAAGCUGGAAGCAAAUCCUGACUGCCCUGUAGCCAUUUGUGUUCGUUUUGGUAAUGAAGUCUACCCCGUCCAGGUGAAGACAUGAAGCUGUGGCCAGGCUCUGUACCUUGGUGCUGCUGUAGGAGCAGUAAGACAGAACUGCAGCUGUGGCACAGUGUGGUCCUGCAGGGCUGCCAGGUCUCCUGGGACCCUGCAGCUCCUCCCCAAACCUGCAGCCCUUUAGCAAUAGCCAGCCAAGGAAGUGCCAUAUAACCACUGAAGUAAGAUAGCGUAAGCAAAUAGGAGCUUUGGUGCAGGUAAUUGGGUACCUAAUUGCUGUGUUUGCCACCUGGGGACUGGAAUUGCUCUCUGCUCUGGAAGCUGAAUGGGCCAUACUGUGAUAAGCAGUUUAAUUGUUUCCCUGCAUCUGCUGCAGCAUUAUAAAACCAAGGCAAGCUGCACACACCUUCAGAGCUUAACAGCCUCACUGCAACUCCGAGCCUGCUUUUUCCUGUGGCGCUUGAGCAUCCCUCUUCAUGCAGCCCUUCUGUUCUCCACACCCUUUAUCUUUACCUAUGCUGUGUGAUAGCAGUGAGCCAUUGAGUUUUUCUGGAAAGUUGUUCAGAUCUAUGCUGUUAGGUGUGCAAGCAGAGAGGAGGGUCUCCUGGGAGUGGGAUGCCCUCUCCAGCCAAUUGUUGGGCUCUGGGCAUCAUUUUCAUAAGGGAGUAGAUGGGUGCUGAGCAGAAAUCACGCUCAGUUUGACUUGAGGGGUGGCAUUUGAGAGGAAAGGUGUGGGGUGUUAAAGGCUCUGAGUGCUUGAGGCUGUGAAAUGGAGUUGUCCUGCUUCCUUUGGGGCGCUGCUGGGUGCCUGUGCCUGGGGAGGCAGCCCUGCUGCAGGAGGCACUGGUUUGGGGGUGAGCCAGGGCAGAUGGUGCUUGGGGGGGACAGGCACGAGCUGGUACAGAGCCCGGCUAAGCACUGGUGUAAUUUUCCUUGUUGCCUCAGAAUGGCAUUCAGCUCUGUUUUCCCGGGGCAAACACUGGUGCUUUAAUGACUUUGCCCCCAUUCCUGGGAUUCCUGCAGCCUGAGCAGGUGUGUUACCUGUGCUUCGCCUCUGUGCUGUGCCCUGGGAGAGACAUCAGCCCAGGAUCUGUGCCGUUGUCUUACUCCAGUGUUCUCCUCCAUAGUUUUAUUCCACCUUUACUCCACCUAGGUGUGAAGAGGGAGUUCCUUGCUCCUGAGGUUUGGGCACUGGCAGCAGGAGGUGUUAAUGCUGGACUUGCAGCUAAGAACAGAUGCCCACAUCCCACCUCCACUCCUUACAGUGGAGUUUGUGGCCUCGGAAUCAUUGGGUUUGGCAUUCUGCUCCGUGAUGCCAGAGCAGGGUGUGAAGGAAGGCUGAUGUCUGUGUGCUUCAGGCCCCCCCACGGGCCCAGGGUGACCUGGCAGCAGGGCUGUAGCUGCAAAAACCCCACAGCUGCAAAACCCCCACACAGAACCAGGUGGGUUGGUUUUGAAUUGGCUUGUGCCAUAGCAGCAGGGAAGCAGAUGGACACCCCGAGCAAGGUCCCUGCUUUUCCGUGGCUCUCAGCCCACUGGCAUGGCUGGGGGUUGUGGUGAGGAGUUGGGAGUUCUAGCCAGGCAGCCAAAGCCUUCGCCCUCUGCUUUCCAGCAAGAGGAGAAUACCUAUAAAAAUGUGCACUGUGCAAAGAGCUUGUCAGUCUGAUGGAGCUCGGUGACUCCUGAGGAUCUUUAGGAUCUUUAAUUCCUCUUUCAGAAGCUUUCUUGGUCUGAGCUCUGCUUCAUUUCGUAGCUUUCCCAUUUUAUGCUGGAUGGUUAGAGCAGGAGUGUUGCUGCCAAAAAGCGUUUACAAUGCUUUUCCUGAGAAACAUUGAAAGUUGCAAGUCCAGGGCUGAGGCCCUGGCUGCUCUGCACGGAUUGCUCAGUGGUAAAUGCGUUCGGAGGAAGAGCUGUGGCAGUUCCACUCGCUGAGCAAUAAGUCAAGGCAGAGCUGCUCCAUCGAGCUGUAUCUUCAUGCUUUGGCUUGGGGCUGCAGGGCAGGGUGCAGGAACUGCUGGAACAGCGAGAUGCUUCCAAACAAUGUGCUGGCCCUUAGCUACGCAGCCACUAAGGACAUAAAUGAUGCUGUCUGUGUAACUGGAGUGCUGGAAACUGGCUUGCCUCGCUCCCUUGUCUGUCUCCCAUCAGCUCUAAUGCCUCGUGUCCCAUUGGUAGCAGCAGUCAGGCUCCUGGUGUGGGGAAAGGCCUUGAGCCCAUCCCUCCAGUCCUGCCUGGUGCCUCGAGCUCAGCUGAUGGGAAAUCAUUGCUUAAAGAACGCUUCCAAAGACUCUCUUGAAAUACUUCACUGUCUGAGGAAUUCCAUGGGAUACUCAGAAGGUGAUGAUAAACCAUUGGAAUGUGGCUGCCUAUCCAUAAAACCAUUCAGCGAAACAACGUUUAGACGAACGCAAAACCUCACUAAAUCUCCCCUUUUUGGUGUGGUUUGGCACCUGCAGGCCUGGGGUUGUUUGCUCCUCGUGCUGGGACACACAGCGUGCUGCCAGGUGCCCCUUGAUGCCACCAGCACAGCCGAGGUUUGCCUGUGUGCUGGUGUCCUAGGGGAGCCCGAGUGCAGUGCUCGAUGCACAGGGCGGUUCUGGUGAUAAAAAUUAGGAAAUACUUUGCUGAGUGACUGCACGUGCAAGGAUCUCAGCAUCCAAGCACUUCAGGAGCCAUCGGAGCUGCAGCCUCCUUUUUCACAUAGUUUGGAAACACGGUUCCAAAGGAAGACUUGGGGGUCUGCCCUGCCACCAGGCUCUCCCCCACCUCACUGACAGCUUCUGCUUGCUAAUUUGACAGGUGAGGCUUUGUGCCUUUUAUUUUUUUUAUCAAACACAAAGCAGGUGGCUGGGAUGAUGGGCGAGUUUCCUUGGCUAAAUAGGCGCUCCCAGGCUGACCUCUGCUCCUGUGUGGCUUCCAGCGCGGGGUGUGAGCAGGAGGCUGAGCUGGGAGAAGCUGCAGCGAGGUCUCCUGCCUUGCUGGACAUGAGAAUGUAUCCCUCAGGGUCCAUCCUCUUUUUGUGUGGGGUCCUUUGUACUUACCAGGACAAACUGUUCGGUGGAAGCAGCCUCUCUGAUGAGGAUAUUCAUUGCUUCCCUUCUGUGUGGGCUCUCCGAAGCCUCACGAGGGGAUUUGUUCAGCCUUUAAUACAAUUAAGAAGUCAGGCAAGAGUUGCAAAUCUGGUUGGUCUCGUUUGUUUCAAUGUUCAUAGCUGCAUCCGAAGCUCACAUCUGCACAGCACAGCGGGGCAGCAUAGGGAGGGAGGAUUUCUAUGGCUUCAGCUGAGAUUGCAGGUGCUGCUGGGGGCUGGGGAAGGAUUUUGUCCCAUGCAGAGCAUGAGAUGGGGGGAAGGACUCAGCCCAUCAGUGGCAGGACAGUGCACAGAAUGACAUCUGCGAUCCUCAUUGCACUGACUUCUAUCUAAGGUCGUUAGCUGGUGUGAAUUGGACUCAGGCAACUGGUGGAUGGUGAGUGACAAACAGGGGACAGGAUGGUUCCUGCUGGAAAAGCCUUUGGUAACGCUGCUGCCUUCAUCUCAGCAUUAUCUUGCUGAAUUUGCCCCGAGCUAUGGAAUGCUGUCUUUACAAAAGAGAAAUGGGGAGGAAAAAUACCUAUUUUAUCUUGGUGCUCUGAGUUCUGUUUCUUCACGGAAUCUUGGAAUCUGAUAAAGCAUUCAUAUGCACGUAUGCAUACAUGCCUGUUGUGUUUGUCUUCAAAAUAUGCAUUUCUAUAGCUUUGGUAGUAAAGAGCUCUUAAAACCAAAGAAGUUGAGGCUAACUUGUUUAAUUGUUUAAUUUCCUGUGACUUUCAGUACGAGCUUUAGCUUAGGUUAAACACAGAAUGUAAGCAUGAGGAUGUUUAUGCUCUGUAGCUCUGUUUCAGGCGAAAUCAGGAGUUGUGUUCCUGAGGGGCUGGCUGUGGCAAAUCGAGUGAAGUCAAAGCCAGGUUAAACUGAAUGCCCUUAAGAACAAGCAGACCUUUGCUCUGCCCCGCUGCAGCUGUAUAUUUAGCCUAUAUGCCCUUUCCAAUUACAGCCAGGAGAAGACACCCGAGGAGGAAUGUAAGUCAUACCCGCCCUGAGUGCUGCCCUGGGAUCCAUCACAAAGUGCUUCUCGAGCCAGAAGCAGUGCCUUGGUAACUUCUCUCCAUAAAACUGACCCCUCCCUCCCUCCCUCCUCCUUGGGGUUUAACAUUUACCACGUCCACAGCCUCGUUCUGCACAGGGCUGAGCUUGGUGCAUGCCUUACUCCUGAUGCAUCCAUCAGCAGCCCCUUGCGCCCAGCCCCCGGUGCCUCUGUACCUGCUGUGCUCUGCCUGCUUCUCACCAGGGCAGUGCAGUUAUUUCUCAUGCAGGGUCCGUCCUGUAUCCAGAUAAUCCCUUCUGGUGCUUCUUUGGAGGCCUGAUGUCAGGACAGCACUGUGAAGCAGUCUUCAGUUGUUAUUUGGAGUCCCCUCUGUGGAUUUAUCCUAAUUUGCCUGUGUGCUGCCAGGACCGCGGCAGUUCUGGCUGCGAUGUUCCUAAUUACAGGGGAAAAAAUGGUCUCUGAGGCAUCCUAAAUAUUUGGGCCGAUAAUAUCAGUUUCCUUUUAACUGAGCGCACUUGAAGAUACGAUCUGGGUUGUCUGUUUGGGAAUAGCAAAGUGGGAGGAAGGGAUUGAUUGUGGUUGCUGAAGCUCUCAUCAAAGGGAGAAGUCCCACCCGGCCAAAAUCACUGCUGUGGUCACUUGUGCGGGUCUGGCGUGGUGAUGGGUGGUGUGGAUUCUCCUGAGCUCCAGGGCAUCACAGUGGCACGUGCUGAGCAUGGGUUUUGAGGGACCUGCAAGCAGGAUCUCACAGCUGGGAGGCAUCCACCUGGUCUUCUGGCAGAGUCAGGUCCGUGUGCAAGCGCCUGCUUCCUUCUUGGUGGUACAGAGCUCCAUCUUGCAAAGAGAAGGUAAUGACGAGUAGCAGGAAAGCUUCCCCUGAGCUAUGAGUAGGUUAAAUAUCUCAGUGCUUACUCUAGCAGAAUAAAAACUGCUUUGAGGUGUCGAUUGCUGUGACCACUUCCCCUGCAAGCUCCGUGGAGCGGCUGUUGGCAGUAUGACCUGAGGCAGCGAGUGACAGUUUGCAGUUCCCAUCUGCAGAAGUUCUGCUCGUCUCUCUGCCCAGCACAUACCUCAGCACAGCUGAGUUUUGUUGUUUUUUCCCCUAAAUUGUUGCUCAGUGUCAGGGUUUCCUGUUGCUGACAACAGCUGUGCUGGAGAUGAGCGGAACCUGCUACUUCAUAUUUGGUCUAUGGUUACAGGCGUGCAGGACACGAAUGCAUUCAGCAUUAAACCACAACUGCAGGGGUGAGCUUGUCUUUCAGAGAGGCAUCCUGUCCCGUGCACGUCCUCACUGCACGUCUCUGCUCGGGGUGGGGGGCAUGGCUUCGUGGAGGGAGAAUGUCUGUCCCCAGCUUUGCCCGUCUGCUCAUGCCAGCUGCGUGACAAAUGUCCUGAGCAACUGUCCUCCUGCGUGUCCCUCCCAUAACUCACCAGGCAUGCAGAGGCUGGAGCUGGUGAGUGCCUGGGUCACUGCUGUGCUGGAGGGUGGGAGAAGCCCCCACCUGCCCAACCUCCCCCCGAAGCUCCCACAGCCGUGCACUGAGCAGCAGUAGGCACUGGGGCAUGUGCAGCACUGUGCCCCUGCCCGCACCCAGCCAUCCCACCACAUUGCAUCAUUCCUCCUGCUUGCUGCCUCGACACGCAGCCACUGAUGGGACUUGCCCAGAGAUCCUCCUGUGGGAACAUGCACGAGAGCUGUGCACGUACAAUAGAUGUGCUUUGGGAAGUUGCACCAGCCCAUUGCAUUCUGCUCCGAGUUGGCUUCCUUAGGGAGAGACCAUUUGUUUCAGUGAUGUCUUUAUGGGGACAGUGGUAAGUAAGCAGCUCAGGUAGGUGGGAUUCCUCCUUGCUCUCCUUAAUUCUUUAUUCGGAGCAGGACGUGGUAGGCAGCUACUCAGGCUUUCAGCGUGCAAGAUUCAGAGGCAUUAACAUGCUGGCAGUGAUUAAUUACCACAGCCCACUGAUGUGACUGUACUUGAGCAAUUGGAUUAGGUGCAGCUGUGCUGGGGCUCACGUUAGCAGGUUCUCGCUGGAGCUGCGAUGCAGUUGGCCACACAGAAGCAGUUCCUAGGGCAGCUGCACUCCUGCUGGUCCUGCGGUGGGCAGUCAGCAAGGUCCUAUGGCUGCCAGGAGCUGUGUUGUCCAGGUCUCGCUUUCGGCCCCAUCUUCUAGCUGCUCUGUUCUGCCUUCCUGCAUGUGAAGCAGUGCAUAUCCUUAGCACAUCAGCAGGCCUUGUGGUUGCAUGGAGGAGUCAGCUCCAGCAUUGUCUUGGCAAGUCAGCAUCAUAUCAGCAUCACCCAGCAGGCCCGGCUGCGUGCUCCAAGAUGGGGAUUUGGCAUCAGCAAUCAGGCAUCAACAUUGGCGUGUGUGCUGAGCACCAAGGCCAAAGCAGAUGUUGAUCCCAGCUUUGAUGUUUAAUCCAGCGUUUUGGAGGUUCAAAGUGGAGACCCGAAAGAGCUCUCACAGAAGCAGGAGGAUAAAGAGAAACUUGGUAUUUUCAUAAGAUCAGACAGAGCAAAAACAUCCUGAAAUUCAGGACUAACCUGAACCUUUGUGGUGGUUCUGCCAAACAGGGCAGCGCGGAUCCUGUGGAGAAGCUGGGGCGGCCCGGCAACCUGAAAGCAAGAGGAUGAGCCCUGCAGCACGGUGAUGCCUGCAGAGCAGAGAGCAGCACUGCAGAAUUCUGUUUGAUUUUUGGCUCUGUUCUGAGCUUGCAUGAAACGGCAGAAUCAUGGAAUGGCUUAGGUUGGAGGGGGCCUUAAAGAUGUGUAGUUUCAACUCACUGAAGCAGGCAGGGAUGCCAACCACCAGCUCAACUGCUCACCCAGGAUCCCACCCAGCCUGGCCUCGAGCACAUCCAGAGAUGGGGCAUCCACAUCCUCUCUGGGCAGCCUGUCCCAGCACCCGGCUGGGCCUUCCUGAUCCUCCCCGGCUCCGUGCUACUCACAGCUCGUGGAAGGUGAUCCUGAGCACUGUUAUCUUCUACCUGUGACUGAGCAGCCUCAAACAAGUGAGUCUGCGUUCUGCCAGUCACCGCACGUGAAAUAGUUUGGCUGUAGCUCUUGAACUUCCCCGGAGGCGUCGUGCAGGUGCCCGUGCUUUUUCCACCCUCCCACGUUUGUUCUGCUGCGUGUCUGCACUUGUAUCUAGACUCACAGCUCCGUGCUGUGCACAGGUGGGGGUCUGUCAUGAAGAGACCAUAGCUGGGGGCCUUGCUGUGGUUGUGGGGAGCUGCCCUGCCUUUGGUGCCAGGCUCUCACACUGUGCUGGGACCACCUCAGCUUAUUGUUUGGUGAGGAGCUGUAUUAAAGAGAUUUCUUGGUGCUGUAGUGCUGUUCUUGCUUCUCCUGGCUUUUCUUUUGACAACGACUCCAGAAUUCUUCCUGUACUUCCAUCGUGCUCUGCUUCUGGGUACAGAGACUGUUCUGUGGUUUUCCUAAACGGAAUUUGGAAUUGGUGUGACCUACAGUUGUCAGACUGGAGCUGCACAGCCGGUGCUUGACUUGCCUGGCCGAGGGGCACAGGCAGUGCCUGCUGCCUGCUCCGGGGAUUCUUUCUGCGGUGGGUGAUGACUUCAUCCUCCUCUCCUGCUUGCCACAGAUAUCAGGGGCUGGCUCCGUUCUGCCCAGGCGCUCCUACCCGUCGGACAGGAUUACCCUGGGGCAAAGUUGGCUUAACAACACAGAGCCGCGCCAUGGCAGCGCGUGGUUCUGCAGCUUUGCCAAGGGGGGGGCAUUGCUGCUGUGGGGACACGGUGCCUGCCUCUGCAGGUGUGGCUGCAGCUUUGCACGGCUGCUGCUGGCUGCCCGUCUGUCCUGCUGUCUGCACGUCCGUCCCACGCAGGUGUGGAGACUCAGCUGUGAGCAGCAGCCGUGUUUCUGUGCUGAUACCAUCUCAGCUCCACAGCAGCCACAUUCCUCAGCUGCUGCCUUCCUCCCCUGGCUGCAGCCGCUGAUCCUGCCCACGCUUGCAGCACGGCUGCUCUCUUGUCCCUCUGUGCAGCAGGAUCUUCCAGUGAUGGGGCUGCAGGAGAAGCAGCUCAUGGACAAGCUGCUGUGUGUGCAGACUCUAUGGAGGCUGAGAGCCUCUACUUUCUUAUAGCCCUGUGCAGAGUGACAGUGUCCUGGUUUCCCACUGUGGCAGUCAGUGGCCUCACCAGGACCUCCUGCAGAGCCUUGUUCUGUCUCCAGAACUCAUUCAGAACAAGAUGUGCAGAGCGUGUUGGAAGUUCUCUGGGUACCUGUUGUGGUAGUUCUCCUCUUGUUGAGGUGACUUCAAACUCAUCCAAAUUCACCGCGUCCAAAAUCCAUCCACAUCCCUGUGCCAUUUGAUGUGUGUCAGAUUCUCAUCUGCUAACAAGGCAGGGAGCUGGUAGGAGCUGUGGCCUGCAGGAAGUGAGACUUGCCUUUACCUCUCCAGCUGUUCCAUUUCUGGUGGUGACAGUCUCUGGAGAGGCAGCUCAGGUGUUUGACUCUGGAUAAAGACCACAGUGUUGCCUUUGGGAAGAGGCUGGAUUUGGUUUCUCUGUUACUCAGCCCGAUGUGCUCCUGUCCUGGGCUCUCCUCUGGCCCAGCAUCUCUCACUGACCCCCUCCCAGCUGAUUCCCAGGGCUUUCCAGCACUGUUUUCCACCUGUGCUGUUUCUCCUGCCUUUCACUCGAGGCCUUUCUGAGACUGGCAAUGCUCAGAUCAGAUAUCUGCCUGACAAAUGCUGCAGGUUACCGUGUUCAACUCACAAUCCCACUGCCCCUGGGUGCUUCCUUGCGGUGGCACAGAGGUGUCAGCCCUCUGCCCGCAGGUGGGGAAGGCCUGUUGCAGGGUGAGGACCCUUCUCCCUUCUGUGCCAGCCUUUGCACAACCCCUCUGCCUUCUCCCUUCUGCAGUAGGCCUGGCUGUGCAGCCGCGUGGCCUCCGGGCGCACCAUGCUGCAGCAAUGGCUGACGGGCUGCAGGAUUUGGGAGUGGAUUAAGUUUCAUCUCGACAAGCAAACAGCUCCAGGGGUGAGGAACGCUGAAGCAUCCUCAGCCCAAGGACUCAGUGUCCAGAAUAGCACAAGCUCUGCGUCAGCCUCAGAGCACCCACAGCGUGCUCCAGCUUUGUUCGUUAGCUGGGCGGAUGCAGAACCCGCCCUGUGAUAGCUUUGCACAGGGCAGCUCCCAGCCCUGCUCACACAACUCUGCACCCAGGGCAGCAGGAGGUGUGCGAGGGCAGCCAGGCGUGCACCCCCAGCGUGGGAGCUGUGCUGGGGGCUGUGGCUGUUGGUCGUGAGGAGGGCAGGGUUUGCUCUGGGAUUUCGGAGCUGCUGCUCUCAGCCUGGGAAAUAAAGGGUUGGUUAAAGGUGCCUGAGCACCUGGGUCCAUGGUAGUCCAGUUCCAAGUGCUCUCUUGGCCUCACGUGCGUAGCUUGCUCGGGUCUGAUCCUAGAUUGCAUGUUGCUGGCCCCAGAGUCAGGUAUGAACACUGGUGAAUCCCACAGGCUGGAACAGAGCACAACUGGUUUGAGAAGCCAGGCUAUGGGGCGGAGGAGAGGAAGAAUCUGUAAGCAUCUGUCAUGCAUUGAGUAUCAAAGGUUUCUAGGGACCUUCAUGCUGAGUAAUCAGCAUUUAAAUGUGCUGCUGCCCCAGCCUGAGUGCAGCUUGCCUCCAAAGACCCCUCUGCGCUGUGCUCUGCCACCAGCUGUGUCUGCCCAGAGCCUGGGGCCAGUGGGUGCUCCAGGAGCAGCAGAACUGUGUGCAUGGAAAGCAUUGCUUUAGAGAUGCUGUAUAUCAGGAAAAGAGCUGGGAAGCUCUCUCUGAUAGUGUCAACUCUUAGGGUUUAAUCCAAAAGCAAAUUAGAACAAACAGGUGGAAGGUGGGAAGCCCGGUGCCCAUCACGAGGAGAUCUGUGCGUGCUGGCUGGCUGGCUGGGGAUUGCGAUUAAUUUGCAAUUAAUUCGGUUUCCUUUCUUCACCCAGGUUGCCAGGACCCUUAGGAUGAGGCUGCUGUGAGGAGUGGCAGAUCCACUGCCCGCACUGCCGUGCCUGCACACCCCACCCCACAUCCCUCCUCCUGCUGGAGCGCCGUCCGAGAGCCACUGGGCAGAAUGACUGUUGGAUGUGUCCUGCAGCCCCCGUUCCUGGGGAGGACUUUGCUCCCGGUGCUGCUGCUCGCAGCCUCAGCUCACUGCCACUGGCCCAGCGAGCCAGCAGAAGUGCUGAAGGACUGGGAAAACCAGCUCGAGGCCUCCAUGCACUCCGUGCUCUCAGACCUCCGAGAGACUGUGCCGGCUGUGGUGGGGAUACCAGACAGCUCUGCCGUGGUGGGCCGCUUCUUCAGAGUCUCCAUCCCCACAGAUUUAAUUGCUUCCAAUGGAGAAGUAGUCCAGGUCUCCGAGGCUGGGAAGGAGUCCUUGCCUUCGUGGUUACACUGGAACGCGGAGAGCAGCUCCCUGGAAGGGCUGCCCCUGGACACGGACAAGGGUGUGCACUACAUCUCGGUGACCACGCUGCAGCCCUUCCCCAACGGCAGCUACGUGCCGCAGGCCGCCAACGUCUUCUCCGUGGAGGUGCACCAGGAAGACCACAGCGAGCCGCAGUCGGUGCGAGCGGCAGCCCAGGAUAUGGGCGACACCGCGCCGUUCGUGUGCGGUGCGGAGGAGCCGGUCACCAUCCUGACCGUCAUUCUGGAUGCCGAUUUGACAAAAAUGACACCAAAGCAGAGGAUUGAACUUUUAAACAGGAUGAGAAGCUUCUCAGAGGUGGAGCUUCACAACAUGAAGUUGGUUCCUGUUGUAAAUAACAGACUCUUUGACAUGUCGGCUUUCAUGGCCGGGCCGGGAAACGCGAAGAAGGUGGUGGAAAACGGGGCCUUGCUCUCGUGGAAACUGGGCUGUUCUUUGAGCCAAAACAGCGUCCCCAACAUCAGCAAGGUCGAGGCCCCGGCCAAAGAGGGGACUAUGUCUGCCUGCCUUGGCUACCCUGUAGUUGGCUGGCACAUCGCUAACAAGAAACCUCACCUCCCAAAAAGGAUGCGGCGGCAGAUCAACGCCACCCCCACGCCUCUGACUGCCAUCGGACCCCCCACCACCGCCGCUCAAGAGCCGCCGACGAGGAUUGUCCCCACCCCGACGUCGCCCGCCAUCGCUCCCCCCACGGAGACAACGGCCCCGCCGGUCAGGGAGCCCAUCCCGCUGCCGAGGAAGCCGACGGUCACCAUCAGAACAAGGGGCCCCAUCGUGCAGACGCCCACCCUCGGGCCGAUCCAGCCGACCAGGCUGGUGGAAGGCACUGGGACGGUCUCCGUGCCGAUUCGCCCCACGAUGCCCGGCUACGUGGAGCCCACCGCGGUGAUCACGCCGCCCACCACCACCACCAAGAAGCCCAGAGUCUCCACUCUGAAGCCCGCCACGCCGUCCACUACAGAUUCCUCCACGGCGACAACACGCAGACCUACCCGGAGGCCCAAAACGCCCCGUCCCACGAAGCCCCCCGGCACCACCCGCUCCCCAAUCUCCAAGCUGACCACCGCCUCCCCUCCCACCCGCGUCCGCACCACGGCCAGCGGCGUCCCCCGGCCCUGGGAGCCAAACGAGCCGCCCAAGCUGACGAACCACAUCGACAGGGUAGACGCGUGGGAGGGGACUUACUUUGAGGUGAAAAUACCCUCGGAUACUUUCUACGAUAAGGAAGAUACCACCACUGACAAGCUGCAGCUGACCUUGAAGCUGAAGGAGCAGCAAAUGAUAGAGGAGAAUUCGUGGGUCCAGUUCAACAGCACCAGCCAGCUCAUGUACGGCAUGCCGGACCGCAGCCACGUGGGGAAACACGAGUACUUCAUGUAUGCCACUGACAAAGGGGGGCUGUUUGCUGUGGACGCUUUUGAAAUCCACGUCCACAAACGCCCGCAUGGGGACAAAUCCCCGGUGAAGUUCAAGGCCAGGCUGGAAGGAGACCACAACGCGGUGGCAAAUGACAUCCAUAAGAAGAUCAUGCUUGUGAAGAAGCUGGCCCUGGCGUUCGGCGAUAGGAACAGCAGCACCAUCACGGUGCAGGACAUCACCAAGGGCUCCAUCGUGGUGGAAUGGACCAACAACACGCUGCCUCUGGAGCCCUGCCCCCGCGAGCAGAUCCGGACUUUGAGCAAAAAGAUUGCGGAUGACUCUGGGGGGCCGAGCCCAGCUUUCUCCAACAUCUUGCAGCCGGAGUUCAAACCUCUGAACGUGUCGGUGGUGGGCUCCGGCAGCUGCAGGCACAUCCAGUUCGUCCCCGUGAUGAAGGACGGCAGGGUGAUCUCAGAGGCAACGCCGACGGUGGCGGCUGGGAAGGACCCCGAGAAGAGCAGCGAAGACGACGUGUACCUGCACACCGUCAUCCCCGCCGUGGUGGUGGCCGCCAUCCUGCUGGUGGCCGGCAUCAUCGCCAUGAUCUGCUACCGCAAGAAGAGGAAAGGGAAGCUGACCAUCGAAGACCAGGCCACGUUCAUUAAGAAGGGCGUGCCCAUCAUCUUCGCCGACGAGCUGGACGACUCCAAGCCCCCGCCGUCCUCCAGCAUGCCCCUCAUCCUGCAGGAGGAGAAAGCCCCGCUGCCCCCCCCGGAGUACCCCAACCAGAGCAUGCCCGAGACCACGCCGCUCAACCAGGACACCAUCGGGGAGUACACGCCGCUGCGGGACGAGGACCCCAACGCGCCGCCCUACCAGCCGCCCCCCCCCUUCACCGCUCCCAUGGAGGGGAAGGGCUCCCGCCCGAAGAACAUGACCCCCUACCGCUCCCCACCGCCCUACGUGCCCCCUUAACGAACGGGACGCUCGGGGGGGAGACAGGGCCUCCGGUCCCACACCGGUGCCGCCUGCGGGCCGGCCACCCCCUUGCCGGCCGGGAAGCCGACAUCCCAGCCUGCUCCCAAGCAGGCCCCCCUGCGGCUGUGCCCACCGUGCCGGAGCGCCCGUGGAACCUGGGGGACACUUGUUUUAUUUUUGCCUAACAAGCUUUGGUUUUAUUUUAUUCAUAGAAAAAUUCUCAGCUCGAAACCGCCUUUCUGGCGGCGGGCUUCCGGGCACGGCUGGGGCCGGCGCGGAGGGCAGGGAGGGGGGGACGAGCAGGCAGCACUGGGGUGGCACUCUGGGUCUCCGCUGUUUGCCUUUAACACUAACUGUACUGUUUUUUUCUAUUCACGUGUGUCUAGCUACAGGACGUAACAUGAAAGGUAGCCUAAAAAAUAAUUAAAUUCAAGGGACUUUCUGAAG